AUGACACUCCCACGAGUGAACUCGGGCGUGUUUGGCCGUAUCAGACGGCGAGUGUCAAAGCAGGCUUAUCGAGGGCUGUCCAUCUACGUCUUUUGCUGCGCGCUCGUCGUCCUGGUCUUGUCGCAACUCAGUUCUUACCAUACAGUACCAGCGAACAAGCCAUCCGAGCUGGUGAGGAGGACUUCAUAUGAGUACCAAUCGACUCUGGCAACUGGAGCGUUUCCCAGGAAAAUAUGGCAGUCAUGGAAAGUCGACCCAUUGGACUUUGAAGAAAGAGACUUGACAUGCGCACGGUCAUGGGUCACCAAAAAUCCGGAUUAUCGAUACGAAGUUUUGACCGACAGCAACGACGUGCAAUAUGUCGAGGAGCAUUUCGGGCCCGACGGGCUGAAUCGUCCUGAUAUAGUCCACGUCUACCGGUCGCUUACGGCCAAGAUUAUCAAAGCCGACUUGUUGCGAUAUCUGGUCAUGUAUGUUGAAGGAGGGCUCUAUGUCGACAUCGAUGUAGAGGCGCUGAAACCCAUCGACCGAUUCAUCCCGGACAAGGAUCGGUUCAGGGAGCAAGAUAUUGAUAUGAUCAUUGGGGUCGAGAUUGAUGAGCCGCAAUUCGCAGACCAUCCAAUCUUGGGCCCAAAAGCUAUGUCAUUUUGUCAGUGGACGUUUAUGUGCAAGCCACGGCUGCCAGUUAUGCUGCACCUGGUCGAGAAUAUCAUCAACUGGUUAUACGAAGUCUCGGAGCAACAGGGCGUGCCUAUCUCGGAGAUCUCGCUCAACUUUGAUGAUGUGAUUAGUGGCACUGGGCCGUCGGCGUUUACAGAUGCCGUUCUGGCCGAGAUGUCGAAGCGCGAGAAGAAGGAGGUAACCUGGGAAUACUUUCACAAUAUGGACGAGUCGCGGCUUGUCGGCGGUGUUCUCGUCUUGACCGUCGAGGCUUUUGCUGCUGGCCAAGGGCAUUCGGACUCAGGGACGCACAACUCCCGUAACGCAUUGGUGAAGCACCAUUACCAUGCCUCGGGCUGGCCGACCCUGCAUCCUCGAUACAAGCAUCCCGUGUAUGGAGAGGUGGAAGCUUGUAAUUGGGACCCGGAGUGCGUGAAGCUGUGGGAUUUCAGCAAAGCUGCGUUUGAAGCUCUACCACCGGAGGAGCAGGAGAGACAGAUUGCGGAGAAGGAAGCUGCAGAACAAGCACUCAUGCUGGAGGAACAAGCCAUGCCAGGAGAUUUCCCGGGCUCAUUUGAUCUUGCGGUCGAGCUUCCUCCCCCACAACCUGAAAUACCUGAACUACCUGAAAUACCCACAGAAAAUCAACCUCCUGAGCCAGUGCCGGAACCAGCUCAACUGAAGGCCCGACAUCUGAAGGGCCCACCUCCGCAGCCAUUGAUCAAUACAGUCGCCCCCAGCAACUCUAUUCUACCUACUGUAUCACCAUCCGGAUCGUGGAAACCUAACACCGUCGCAAGCUUUACUCCAAGUCCCACGGCUUCGGUUCCAAAACCUUGGUGGAAGCCCAAACCAAGUGUCAGCUCGCCUGUCAAACCGUCAGUCUCGCCAAUUUCAAGCUGGAAUUCAAAGCCAAACACAGUGGCAAGCACAAUCACCCCGACGGUGUCACAACCUUGGUGGAAACCAAAACCAAACACUGUUGCAAGUGCCGUCACCAGUGCGAGCGUGAGUGCCAGUGUGACAGUGUCGCCUUCUGGAUGGUGGAAACCCAAACCAAAACCCAACACUGUCGCCAGCUCGAUCCCGAGUUCCGCUCCAAGUGUUACCGUCUCACAAAAGCCCAACACUGUCGUAAGUGUCAGUGCCAGUCAGACAGUAUCACAGCCGGGGUGGUGGAAGCCUAAACCGAAGCCUACCACUGUCUCAAGCUCGGCCCCAAGCCCAACAGUAUCACAGCCUAGCUGGUGGAAGCCCAAAGCAAAGCCCAACACCGUUGCCAGUGCCAGUGCCACCGCAACUGUGACCGUACCACAACCUCACUGGUGGAAGCCCAAACCAAACACAGUUGCAAGUUCAGUGUCGCAACCUGCACCGGUCAAACCGUCGUUGACGGCAGUCUCUCAAAUCCCCGCCCAACUUACAGUGACGCCGAGCGUGCAGCCAUCAUGGAGACAUAGCAAGUCGCUCUCCGGGUUCGUUACUGUCUACUCGAGACCACCCACGCCACCCAACAAAGAACAUCACGGUUGGCCACCCAAAGGUCAUCACGGUUGA